AUGCCGCGACCGUCGCGUGAAUCUUACGGGGACCAGAAACCGCCGUAUUCAUAUAUCUCGUUGACGGCCAUGGCUAUAUGGAGUUCACCGGAGCGUAUGCUGCCACUGUCCGAGAUAUACCGUUUCAUCAUGGACCGCUUCCCCUAUUACAGAAGAAACACCCAGCGGUGGCAGAAUUCACUGCGCCACAACCUAUCCUUCAACGACUGCUUCGUAAAGGUACCCCGACGGCCGGACAGACCUGGUAAAGGUGCGUACUGGACUCUCCAUCCGCAAGCCUUCGACAUGUUCGAGAAUGGUUCUCUACUCCGUCGCAGGAAGAGGUUCAAGCUGCAAAAAGGUGAAAAGGACAACCUGAAUGCGGAGUUAGCGGCUCUGGCCACCUUCAACCGUGCGUUUUUGGCUCGUCAAGCGAACGCUGCUCCUCCGCCGGCACCGUUGCCCACAGCGAGUUUGUACACGCCGCCAAUGUGCUCCCAAAUGAGUCCUGAACCGGCUGAAUUAGCUGAAGUGACUGCUACAGUUCUGCCACGAGAAAGACCGCGGAGGGCGUUUACAAUUGAUGCCUUACUGGAACCAGAGCCGCCGAGAUCGUCUCCGUCGCCGCCGAUGAUAACAAUGCAAGUUAUGCCACCUCUACCCCGGAUCGACUUGUCCAUGCCCUCGCCCUACAUGCUCGCUGCUCAUCGGUAUCAAGCGGAGCUCCUGCAGGCAGCAGCUCACGCCCUACGCCCGUGCUAUCUGCCACCGCCGGUUCUACCAGUCGCGUGA